AACCGCUCGCCGGGGACGGUGGGUACGCCGUUCGCCUUUGCACUGAUGAUCAUGGCGCUGGGUAUGAGCUUCGGCAUGAACACGGGGUAUGCGAUGAACCCUGCGCGCGACUUCGGCCCUCGACUGCUCACUUACGCGGUCGGCUACGGCUCGAAGGUCUUCACGACGCGCAGCUACUACUUCUGGAUCCCGAUCUGCGGUCCGCUUGUUGGAGGCGUCAUUGGUACGCGUUCUUGGUGCAAGUGCAGCACCCGCACGAGCACGUAGAAUGAGCUCGACGGCGUGAAUAAAUACACGUUCAUCUCAGGACCCCCAUACUAGUACAUAUAGAGUCUACUAGUACGUCGUAGACACGUUGAGCUGGGUAAACCGCGGGGUAGUUUACGGGCCAAAGCAACUAUGGGCUCAUAAUCAGCAAGGCGGGUCAACAUUCGUCAAAGCUUUUCAACCGGCUCACAACUGAAAAUCCUUCCAGGCAACCACCUCGACCCCCUCCACAGAACACCAAGCAUGGCUAUCGCGGGCGCCACGACCCAGCAGCCCAAGCUCUUUAUCUACGACUUCUGUCCGUUCUGCUGUCGCGCCCGCGUUGCGCUGGGACUCAAGAAGGUCAAGUACGACGUGAUUUUCAUGGCCUACGACGACGAAGCGACCCCCAGGAGCCUCGUGGGCGUGAAGGCUGCUCCAAUCUUCGUCCCCGUGGGUGAGAAGCCUUUCGGGGAGAGCUGGGACAUCGUGAGCUACGUGGACAACUACGGCGACGGUCCCAUCAUCAAACCCGCCUCGGGUCGUGAGGAUCUGGCCAAGUGGAUCGAGACGGCCAUGCCCUCGCUCAACAUGUUGUACAACCCGCGACUGUAUACUGCCCCGCUACCGGAACUCACCCUUCGCGCCUCACGCGAGGCCUUCAAGGCCAAGCGUGAAGCGUCCAUGCCUCUGAGCGAGGCGUUGGCCAAGUCCCCUGAGCUGGUUGAGAAGGUCAAUCAGCUGCUGCUUGAGCUCGCCCCCAUGCUCCACUCGAGUCACUCGGUCAACGCAGAGCUCAGCUACGACGAUCUGGACUUGUUCGGACGACUCCGCUCUCUUACGCUCGUGAAGGGCAUCGAGUGGCCCACCAAGGUGCGCGAAUUCAUGGACCACAUGUCGGAGGCUGGCGACGUGCCCAUGUUCGACGCCGUUGUCAAGAUCUAAACGACAGAGCUUACGGUCAGAGCUAGAUAACUCAAUGAAAGCGUAGCGAUACACCUUUCUACCUUCUCGUCCUCAUAUGUAGUAGAAUCUACGUGACAGACGACCUCUUUCAAGCGAAACCCUCGACGCUAGUGUCGGUUCGGAACAGUCGGCCAUUCCCCGAAAUCGACCGGGAGCUGCACGACUCGAAGGAUUUAGCCAUCGCCAGCCAUGUUCCAGACGCAGGAUGGUGCCGGGAGCAGCUACACGUCGACGAUCUACGGGUUCAUUCGCGACCAGAAGUACGAGGAGGCCGUGCGGAUCCUGCAGAUCGAGUUGGAGAACCACCCGCAUAGUCGUGCUGCCCUCUCGCUGCUCGGGUACUGCUACUACCACAUGCAGCUCUUCCACCAGGCCGUCGGCAUGUACGAACAGCUCUGUGCCAACUACCCGGACGUGGACGAGUACCAGCUCUACCUGGCGCAGUCGCUGUACAAGUCGGGUCAGUACGACACAGCCUCGAGACGAGCGAGCCAACUGGAGAGCGAGCAGUUCGCUCAACGCGUUCACCUACUGAGAGCCGCCUCGUACUACGAACAGAACGAUAUCAAAGCCACGCGCUCGGUGCUGGAGGAGUGUCUACCCGACGACCCUACCACCAUCGUCUUUGAUGGAGCUAUUGAGUACAAGGAGGGUCGAUACGAAGCUGCGCGAGCCAAGUUCGCGGACGCGCUGAAUAUCCUGGGCUACCAGCCAGAUCUGUCGUACAACAUCGCGCUCUGUUUCUUCAAGAUGAAGCAAUACGGUAACGCGAUGAGGCAGAUCGCUGAGAUCAUUGAGAAGGGAGUGCGUGACCACCCGGAGCUGAGCGUGGGCAGCAAGAGCGAGCAGAAUGCCGACGUCAAGUCCGUGCGCAACUCGACGGUGCUGCGCGAGACGGCUUUGGUUGAGGCCUUCAACCUGAAGGCGGCCAUUGAGUACGAGAUGAAAAACUACAAGGGCGCACGAGACGCACUGCUGGACAUGCCACCUCGACAGGAGGAAGAGCUCGACCCGGUCUCGCUGCACAAUUUUGGGCUUAUGAACAUGGAUGUGGAUCCCAACGGAGGCUUCAAGAAGCUCAACUUCUUGCUGCAGAACCCGCCGUUCCCGGUAGAAACAUUCUCCAACCUGCUGAUCCUGUACACGAAGCACGGCUUCCACGACCUCAUGGCUGAUGUCCUCGCGGAGAACGCCCACCUGACGUUCCAGUUGUUGUCCAAGGAUUUCUACGACUUCAUGGACGCAACGGUGACGCUGCAGACAUCACCGGAAGAUGCUUAUCGAAAGUACGACGAGCUGGCCACGAAGCACGUUGAAGGCCUGCGCAAACUGACCAAGAAGAUUCAGGACGCGCGUCUAGCACAGUCGAACGAGGACAUCAAGACGUCGUUGAAGGCCUAUGAUGACGCGCUGGAGGACUUCAUGCCCGUGCUGAUGGCGCAGGCGAACAUCUACUGGGAGCGUGGCAACUACACGCAAGUGGAGAAGAUCUUCCGGCAGACGGCGGAAUUUUGCUCGGAGCACGAGGCCUGGAAGCUCAACGUGGCGCACGUCUUCUUCCUGCAAGGGAACAAGUACGAGCAGGCCAUUCAGUACUACGAACCUUUCGUGAAGAAGCACCAAGACAAUUUGCUGGAUGUACAGGCCAUCAUCCUGGCCAACCUGUGCGUGUGCUACGUCAUGAAUACCGACAACGAAAAGGCCGAGGAGCUUCUGCGGUCUAUCGAGCGAGAGGAGGAGGAAGAAUCGAGUCGCGACCCUGAAAAGAGGCUCUUCCACCUUUGCAUCGUGAACCUCGUUAUCGGCACGCUCUACUGCUCCAAGAACAACUACGACUUCGGCAUCUGCCGAGUGAUGAAGAGCAUGGAGCCGUAUCACCGAAAGCUUGGACCGGACACUUGGUACUAUGCCAAACGCUGCUUCCUCGGGUUGGCACUCACGCUGGCAAAGCACAUGACCACCAUCCGAGACUCCACUAUGGACGAUAUUCUCGAGUUCCUUGACUGCGCUGACCAGCAUGGCAAGGACAUUUUCACUACAACUGCAGCUGAUCAACGGAACACCGGGACCGAUACGAUCCAGCACACUAUCAGCUACGAGGUACGUGGAAGUUUAUCCGCAGUUAAUGAUUGUCGAGUCUGACCGUGUUCUUACAAUUGUUGUUUGCAGGCUCGCGUCCUGAAGCGCACGUUCCUCAAGCUUCGCUCUUAGGACGACAGUCGACUAGGUUUGGCAAACAAUUGAGCAUGCUCGUAAUCCUUUUCUUGCUUGCUGUCUUUGAGGCUCUGCCAAUCGUUGCUAACUAGGUUUACUGUCGAUUUCUAUCUUACACGCCUGCAUUCUUGAGUCUGCUCUUGGUUUGUCGCUUGAUCUUCAAAACGGUUCGAACUCUUCCUCAUCCUCUACGGUCGCAUACAGCACGUCGAGGAUCGCCAGGCCGAGCAUGUUUGUCUGGGCGUUGUUCGUCUUGGCGAGUUCGACAUUGUGGACCAGCUCCUCGAUCGCCUCCAGCUUCUUCACGUAGAAGUCGCGCUCCGUGCUAACAGACGCAAGCUAUUCACCACAAAUCACCAGCAACCAUGUAAGCAACUUUCUCAAGCCCACCACCAACGAACGGAAGCGUACCUCCUUCUGGAGCUCCUCCAUUUGUGUCGCGAGCUGCCUCUGCUCCACCGCGGCGGCCUCGCUCUGCAGCUUGAGCCCCGCCAUCUUCUUCUCCAGCAUGGCAGCAUAGUCCACCGCGACUGCAUCAUCACCAGAGCACAGUCGGCCUUUCCGACGACGUGGUGUCGUCCCGGCCGCCGGCUUCAUUGGCGUUUUGCUCGGUGUCACCACCGCCGCAGUCGCAGCAGCAGCAGCAGCAGCAGCAUCGCCCAGCAGCCUGUUGAACUCCGCGCCGCCCCUGCCCUUCUCCCGACGCGCCAUGGCGUCGUACUGCUGACCGGCGACUGCCUCGACGUUGGCGUCGUGCAGCUCCUUCAGCCACUGCAGGAACUCGAGGUUGUCCUGGUAGCGACCGCGCACGAGCCUGUCCACGGGCACGACCUUGGGCACGCCCAGCGCCGCCAGCACCUGCUGCAGCAGCUUGAAGUUGCGCACGAACUCGUGCUCGUGCGCCGCCGACCAGUGCACCUUGCUCAUGGGCACGCGCCCCGGGAAGAGCGCGUCCAGCACCUGGCAGGCCACGGCGCCCGAGCACAGCUGCUCCACGCACGUCAGCCGCGUCACGCACAGCGCGUUGAGCCACGCCAGCAGCUCCGUGCGCCCGACGAAGGUUGCACCGGCAGUCGCCCUGCUCAUGUCUUGUGGUGUUGCUGCCUGGACAGUAGUGAAGUGUGUGAUAGCAUAAGCUCAUGGUGGUGGUGGUGGUGGUGGUGGUGCCUUUCUCGAGGCGGAGUGCCCAUGGUACCAGUUGAAGUCAACUUUAACAUCAAGUGAUUGGCUGAAAUGCGGGGUUUAAUAUGUGCUUAUCUACCAAUCACUUUCUUUACGCCUUUUACUGCGCGCGACAAUCACUCUUGCACUCAUCCGCGCGCGCGCACUCAAGACGAGGACUCGGCCACCAUAGCGCUCGGCGGCGGCGACGACGUGCCGGCCCGAGGCCGCAAGCGCCCGCGCGACGGCUCCUGGCACCUGCCGACGCGGCGCAAGAUCAAGAUGGAGCCCCCGGACGACAAGGAGAACCAGCCGCCGCCGCCUCCUCCGCCGGCCUUUCCCGCGGCUUUUUCUUCGCCCGAGGCGGUCCUGGAGGCGCUCGUGCAGCAGCUGCCCAAGCCCACGGUGCGCUACCCGGACACCGACGGGACCAUGACGC